AUGGCUGCCGCCGAGCCAGCAUCUCACGUCAUGGCGGCCAAGCCAGCAUCCCACAUCAUGGCCAUUGAGCCCAUGCCUGCCACGGCCGACGAGCCAACGGCCACGCCUGCCACGGCCGAUGAGCCAAUGCCCAUACCUGCCACGGCCAACGAGCCAACGCCCACUCCUACCACGGACAAUGAGCCAACGUCCACUCCUACCACAGACAAUGAGCUGGAAGCCUCGUCCGUCCAAGAGCCGGCAUUGCCAGUCUCGGCCUCCCGAAGUAGGAGGAGGAGAAAGACUUUUGUUCCCGAGACUCAGUUUAUGCCCAUGACCACAGAGGUCGCUCCUGAGACUCUGUUUAUGUUCGUGACCACUGGGGUAUUUUCCCAGUCAUCCAAGACGCUUAGUUUCGAGCCUCCCACGGCUCCGCCUUUCACGACUUUGCCCCAAGUCAUGUCAGCCAUGUCUCAGCCUACUCCAGGCCACGUCACCGCCACGCCUGAGUCUGCUCUAGGCCAUGUCACCACAACGCCUGAAAUAAUGUCUGGAUUGAAAGAAAUACUGAAAGAUGCUGUAUUGUCGGUGUUGCCAAGCUUAUCUCAAGAUCUAACCGAGCAACUGGUUGAGAAGCUCAUGGACCAAGGAGUCGAGGGUUUGGACGAUUUGGUGUAUGUAAAAGAAGAUGACAUUGCAGCGUUUAUACGACCUAUCCAAUGCAGAAAACUUCUUGGUGCCUGGAAAGUUCAAGAAAAUCUAAACAGCACUGUGGUUCUGCAUCCUGCUGAAGUUCUCCCCUUGGUUCCCCAUGAAACCACCUCUACUCUUGGUUCACCACUAUCAAGCUCCUCAAGCACAUCAGCAAGCAGCCCAGCAUCAACCAGUGUGUCACAUUCAUGGCCUGAAAAUUUCAAAGUUCCCUGGAACUUAAUGCCAGCAGGUAUACAUUGUGCUGUUACAAAUGGCCAGAGACCUUCACCUGCUGACCGACGACAAAUGAUUAGAGUCCUUGCUGAUGAAAUUAGAAAACACGACAACAACCCCACCAGAUCACAGUGUCUUACUAUUACUCGCCAAAUAGUCAGGCAGUAUCCAAAGAGUUUUGCCGACAUGAUUUGUGACAGGCAGGUUGGUGGUGGAUAUGAAUCUCUUCUCUUACAGCUGAAAGUGCGCAUAGAGCAUCUGAAUCGCAAAAGUACACUAAGUCAUCAUCGGACCCAAAAUAAUAACACUGGAACUAGUAGAAAACGAAGUUCCAUUGACGCGUAUGGUUGUUCAAGAUGGCAGCCUGAUGUUCCACCUGGUGAAAGUUAUGACAGUCUUGAAGUGAAGCGUCAGAGGAUGGAUGAGAUAUAUCUUCAUGAAGGAAUCUCUGGAGCAGAGAGGGGAGAUGUUUGCAAGCUCAUGGAGGGGACCUAUUGCCUCCAGCGUCAAAUGAUAAAUGCAACCCCAUCACCUACCAUGACAGAUUUGAGAAACAAAUGGCCAUAUCUCUUCAUACAGAGGCAUAUACAGUGA